UCUGAGAUCAUGGAUACUUUUCCUUCCAAUGUUAAAUUCGUUUUGCUUUGCUUACUAUGUUGUAUAUGCAUGUUCAACUUUGUUACGUGCAGUUUGAAAGUUCAGUGCAAUGAGAAGGACAUGAACACACUCCUACACUUCAAACAAGGAGUCGUUGAUCCUUCCGUUGUUGUUUAUGGAGAGAUUGAUGACAAAUCACACUGCUUAACAGGUGAACUCAGCUUGUCUUUGUUGGAACUUGAAUUUUUGAGCUACUUGAAUUUGAGUAACAAUGACUUCAAGACUAUCCAAUAUAAUUCAAAGGGUAGCAAGAAAUGUGAUGAUUUGUCAAGAGGUACAUCUUCCCAUAUCUGUGGAAACUCCACCAACCUUCAUUAUCUUGACUUUUCAUAUAAUUAUGAUAUUCGUGUUGAUAAUCUCCAUUGGUUUUCCCAUCUUUCCUCAUUGCAAUAUCUUAACCUUAAUGGUGUUUAUCUUCACAAGGAAAUUGAUUGGCUUCAAUCAGUGACCAUGCUCCCUUCACUUCAAAAGUUACACUUGGAGAAUUGUCAACUUGGAAACCUCUAUCCAUCUCUUCAGUAUGCUAAUUUUACUUCACUUCAAGUUUUGAAUCUUGCUAACAAUGAUUUUAUGUCUAAUCAGUUGCCUAGUUGGUUAUUCAAUCUUAGUAGUGACAUUUCUUAUAUUGACCUUAGCCAAAAUCAGAUACAUAGCCAAUUACCCAAAACAUUGCCAAAUUUUAGAAGCAUUAAAGUCUUGAUUUUGUCUGAAAAUUAUCUCAAAGGUCCCAUUCCAGAUUGGGUAGGACAACUUGAACAACUACUGGUACUUGAUCUUUCUGUAAAUUUUUUUUCUGGUCCAAUCCCAUCAAAUUUGGGAAAUAUAUCAUCCUUGCUUGCAUUGAUUCUUAAUUCAAAUGAAUUGAAUGGAAAUAUUCCAGAAAGCCUAGGGCAACUCUCCAACUUGGAGCAAAUUGAAGUCAAUCAUAAUUCCUUGACAGGGAUUGUGUCUGAAAGAAAUUUUGUCUCUCUUUCAAAUUUAAAGUUCCUUUACAUAGGUUCACCUGCCUUGAUCUUUGAUUUUGAUCCUGAAUGGGUUCCUCCUUUUCAACUUCAACGGAUUGAAUUGUACUAUGUGAGUGGAAAACUUCCUUCAUGGCUAUUUACACAGAGCUCUCUCACAUUUCUGACUAUUAAACACUCAAGUGCUUCAUUUGAACCUCUUGACAAGUUUUGGAACUUUUCUACUCAACUUGAAUAUUUGUUUUUGGAAAACAAUACUAUCAAUGGGGACAUGUCAAACGUGUUUCUAAACUCAACAACUGUCUGGCUAGUUUCCAAUAAUUUGAGUGGUGGCUUGCCUCAAAUAUCACCAAAUGUGGUCAUUUUGUGUUUAUAUAACCAUUCUUUGUCUGGACCUAUCUCUCCUCUCCUGUGCAACAACAUGACAGAAAAAAAUAACUUAAUGUACUUGGACUUGGGUUAUAAUCAUUUAUCAGGAGAACUCACAGAUUGUUGGAAUGCUUGGAAUUUGUUGGUUCAUAUUGAUGUGAGUUACAACAACCUGACAGGCAAGAUUCCUCGCUCAAUGGGAUCCUUGUCUGACCUUUUUGCAUUGUAUCUAGAAAGCAAUAAGUUAUUUGGAGAGGUGCCUUUGGCACUGAAAGGUUGCCAAAAACUUUCAAUCCUUGAUGUGGGUCACAACAAUCUUUCUGGAGCUAUACCAAGCUGGAUGGGUCAGAGUAUGAAAGGUCUUAAACUGAGAUCCAAUCAAUUCAGUGGCAAUAUUCCCACGCAGUUAUGUCAACUUCAUUCUCUAAUGGUAAUGGAUUUUGCAAGUAACAAUUUAUCAGGACCAAUACCCAAUUGCUUGCAUAACUUCACAGCCAUGUUUUCUGAUGAGGCUUCAAGUAAGUUUGGCAUUAUCAUUUAUAUAGCAGGUGCACCACGUUUCUUCUUUUUUAGUAUUACGAUGCUUAUAAAAGGCAAUGAAUUAGAGUAUUUUAAUUUGAUGAAUCUCAUUGAUCUUUCAAGCAACAAUUUGUCUGGUAGUGUGCCUAUGGAGAUGUAUAUGCUCACUGGAUUGCAAUCAUUGAAUUUAUCCCAUAAUCAAUUGGUGGGAUCAAUACCAGAACAGAUUGGAAACUUGAAACAGUUGGAAUCCAUUGAUCUCUCAAACAAUCAUUUCUCAGGAGAAAUUCCUCGGUCCAUGUCUAAUUUGCAUUUUGUUGGUGUCUUGAACCUCUCAUUCAACAAUUUCAUUGGCGAAAUUCCAUUAGGGACCCAACUUGGUUCUACAAAUCUUAGCUAUAUAGGCAAUCUGGGCCUCUGUGGACCUCCGCUUUCCAAGAUUUGCCCACAAGAUAAAAAAUCUCAUGAUACAAAAUCCAUUGCAGAAGAUGAUGAUCAAUCUCAUGUGUAUUCAUACUUCUAUAUGGGUAUGGGAAUUGGAUAUGCUUUUGGAUUUUUGGGUGUUUUGGGUGCCAUUUUCUUUAACAAGACAUGUAGGCAUGCUUAUUUCAGAUUUCUUCACCGAUUUGUGAAGGUUCAGUGCUAUGAGAAGGACAUGAACACACUUUUACACUUCAAACAAGGAGUGAUAGAUCCUUCAGGCAUGCUCUCAUCAUGGGUCACUGAUGAAGAUUGUUGUGAGUGGAAAGGAAUCAAGUGUAACAAUAACACAGGAAGAGUUAUGGAACUCAAUCUCCCUUGUCAUACAACUCACUCUACAGUUGUUCCUUUUGGAGAGAUGGACGACAAAUCACACUGCCUUACAGGUGAAUUCAGCAUGUCUUUGUUGGAGCUUGAAUUUUUGACCUUCUUGAAUUUAAGCAACAAUGACUUCAAGACUAUCCAAUAUAAUUCAAAGGGUAGCCUGAAAUGUGCUGACUUCUCAAGAGGUACAUCUUCCCAUAAGUGUGGAAACUCCACCAGCCUUCAUUAUCUUGAUUUGUCACUUAAUUAUGGUCUGCUUGUUGAUAAUCUCCAUUGGAUUUCUCCUCUUUCCUCAUUGCAAUAUCUUAACCUUGGUGGGGUUUAUCUUCGCAAGGAAAUUGAUUGGCUUCAAUCAGUGACCAUGCUCCCUUCACUUUCAGAAUUACACUUGAAGGGUUGUCAACUUGAAAACAUCUAUCCUUCUCUUCAGUAUGCUAAUUUUACUUCACUUCAAGUUUUGAAUCUUGCUAACAAUGAUUUUAUGUCUAAUCAGUUGCCUAGUUGGUUAUUCAAUCUUAGUAGUGACAUUUCUCAUAUUGACCUUAGCCAAAAUGAUAUACAUAGCCAGCUACCUAAAACAUUGCCAAAUCUUAGAAGCAUGAAAUCCUUGAUUUUGUCUGAAAAUUAUCUCAAAGGUCCCAUUCCAGAUUGGGUAGGACAACUUGAACAACUACAGGAACUUGAUCUUACUAAAAAUUAUUUCUCUGGUCUAAUCCCCUCAAGUUUGGGAAAUCUAUCAUCCCUGAUUGCAUUGAGACUCAGUAAAAAUGACUUAAGUGGAAGUAUUCCAGAAAGUCUCUGGAAACUCGUAAACUUGGAGGACCUUCUACUUGCUGAUAAUUCCUUAACAGGAAUUUUGUCUGAAAGAAAUUUACUCUCCUUAUCACAUUUAAAGCAUUUUUCUGCGAAAUCACCAACCUUGAUCUUUGAUUUUGAUCCUGAAUGGGUCCCUCCUUUUCAACUUCAAACUCUUAGCUUGGGAUAUGUGAGUCAAAAACUUCCUUCGUGGCUGUUUACACAAAGUUCUCUAAAAAUUCUAUCCAUUACAGACUCCAGUGCUUCAUUUGAACCUCUUGACAAGUUUUGGAACUUUGCUACUCAACUUGAAUAUUUCUUUUUGGUAAACAACACAAUCAACGGGGAAAUGUCAAAUGUAUUGCUAAACUCGAAAUUUGUUUGGUUAGUGACCAAUAAUCUAAGAGGUGGCAUGCCUCAAAUAUCAUCAGAAGUGGUUGUUUUGUGUUUGUAUGAUAAUUCUUUGUCUGGAUCCAUUUCUCCUCUCUUGUGUGACAACAGGACAGAUAAAAGCAAUUUGGUGCAUUUAGACAUGGGUUAUAAUAAUUUAUCUGGAAAUCUCACAGAUUGUUGGAAUGGCUGGAAAUCAUUGGUUCAUGUUGAUUUGAGUUACAACAACCUAACAGGCAAGAUUCCUCCUUCAAUGGGUUCCUUGUCUAACCUUCGUUUUUUGUAUCUGGAAAGCAAUAAUUUUCUUGGAGACAUACCCUUCUCACUGAAAAACUGCCAGAAUCUUUGGAUACUUGAUCUUGGUCACAAUAAUCUUUCUGGAGUUAUACCAAGCUGGUUGGGACAAAGUGUUAAAGGACUUAAAUUGAGAUCCAAUCAAUUCAGUGGCAAUAUUCCCACACAGCUAUGCAACCUUCAUUCUUUAAUGGUGAUGGAUUUUUCAAGUAAUAGAUUAGCAGGACCAAUACCCAAUUGCUUACAUAACAUCACAGCCAUGCUUUCUGAUUAUGCUUCAACUCGGGAAGUCGGCUUUACCGUUUACUUACCAAGUUUAUCAGUAGCCAUUGCCUGUACUAUCACAAUGCUUAUAAAAGGAAAUGAGCUAGAAUAUGUUAAUUUAAUGAAUGUCAUAGAUCUUUCAAGUAACAAUUUAUCUGGAAAGGUGCCUUUAGAGUUAUAUAUGCUUAUUGGAUUACAGUCCUUGAAUUUGUCCCAUAAUCAACUAAUGGGAAGGAUACCAGAAGAGAUUGGCAACUUGAAACCUUUGGAGUCCAUUGAUCUCUCAAGAAAUCAUUUCUAUGGAGAAAUUCCUCAGUCCAUGUCUAAUUUGCAUUUUGUUGGGGUCGUGAACCUCUCAUUCAACAAUUUUAUGGGCAAAAUCCCAUCAGGGACCCAACUUGGUUCUACAAACCUUAGUUACAUAGCCAAUCCUGGCCUUUGUGGACCGCCACUAACAAAGAUAUGCCCACAAGAUGAAAAACCCCACAGUACAAAACCCAUGGAAGAUGAUGAUGGUGAUGACAAAUCUCAAUUACUUUCAUGCUUCUAUAUGGGCUUGGGAAUUGGAUUUGCUGUGGGAUUUUUGGGAGUUUUGGCAGCCAUUUUCUUCAACAGAACAUGCAGGCAUGCGUAUUUUAAAUUUCUUCACCGAUUGAAUGUCAUGUUCAUCGAAAUUGGAGCUCCUUCUAUUGAAAUUUAA